ACGCCGCUGUCGUGAUUCAGGAGGACCCAACAAGAAUUUUGAAAGGGUAAAGUCGCUACUGGCACCUUAAGUAACAGCUUCUUGGGUUUCCAGGAUACGCCACACGCCUUGCAACACCCGGUCACUGUAACGGUGUAGUAAUGUAAGUCUUUUGCAAUGAAUGGUAGAUGGACCUGGCAGACCAGACGAGUUCAGGAGGAUUGUUCCAGCCGUAGCGGAAAUUAGGUUCCGAACCGGUUGUCGCCGGUUCAUUCCCUGGUGCGGGUGCUAGUGCCAGAACCCACCGGCUCCGCACUACGAAUUUGAGCAGAAUGUCUGCACCACCACCGCUUCCACCACGGACCAAGAACGGCACAAGCAACAACGACCAUCCCACCCUCUCUCCGUUCUAUGCUACAUCUCUCUCGUCCUAUCAGUCAGCUUGUCAGCGUGAAGCUGAGCUUUAUGAGCAAGGACACGUCGCUGAGGCAUAUCAAAUAUUCCAAGCAUUUGUAGAAGAGGAGGGAAAGAAGCGGAGGCAAUUUUAUGGCAGAGGUUUGGAGAAGGAACCUAGAGCGGUAAACAAAGUUGAGGCGGUCCGAUUCGAAGGAGAUGAAGCGCAGAAAGAACGGGUUCCGAGUGACCCUUCCACCCCGACCUUGGACGUGAAAGAAGGCCAAGGGGCGCAUGCAAAUGUUGCAGAUACUACUGCUUUAACCAACUCUGACGAUAGAUCAUCAGUAAACAAAGAACAACAGAAUGAGAACCCCGAACCGCGCCCUACACUACCGGCAUCCCAAGACCUUGCAAGCGCACUUGAUCGAGCAGCUCUACUCACCUCGGAUCCGCCAACAGAUCUAGUUGACCUAAUGAACAAAGUCCAAGAAGCCACAACGCAAGCAUGUACACUCAGUAACCUCGACCGGCGAUGGGAGUUUCAGUCUGGGGAAGAUUCCAUUACGCAGAAUCUAGACUCGGAAGCCUCUCAGCGACGUGAAGCGAACAACAAUGCUCUUAAAGCAUUCUACGGUAGGAGCGAUUGGAGUGGCGCCAACACUCUACAGGAAGCAUUUGAACAAAACGAAAAGCAGAUCCGGCUCCAAAAUGAGCGCGAUGCCCUCGAGCGAUGGCGCCUAGGAUAUUUUGUGCCAACACUAGAUAGAUUGGCACAAACAUCUCAAGAAAUUGAAGCUCUCUACGCAAACCUCAAGUCUGAUCCGAAAGCUAUUCAUCACAUCCUCACCACGCUGCAAAGGACUCAUGACACCAUUCUCACCCUCAUAAGCACCACCCACGACGUCAAUGCAGACUGGCAGAGACGGGGUACAUCAAGUCCAUCUCUCUGGUUACUACAGCCCACAACGCCUGGGAUCAAGCUCGUCAGGCCGACGAGACCUUUGAGGCUGAGGAAAAGAGAACCCGGAUACGCAUGGACGCUGAAAAGCAUGCCAAGCUUCAAGCACACGUGGAAUGGGUCAAGGACGCUUGUGGAAAUUAUGUGAAGGACCUGGAAGAACGUUGCAACGAAACCAAACAAAAAGUGGACACUCUCCUAGCAGACAUUCAGCAGAAUGCAUCUCAGGACGACAAGAUUUACCCUUCAGACGCGCUCAUUACCCAACUGCAAACUACCGAGAACAUCAUAUCUGCCCUCACUGACCGCCUUGAACACCACCUCUCAACAAUUAGCAGCCAAACAGCUAGUCUGAAUUCAACGGCUCAUAGUCUAUCCCAAUCCCAGCUGUACGCACAGAAUCAUUGGGACAUGGCACGAUCUGCCGACGACUCGUUCCAAAAGUCUGAAUCAGAGCGAUAUAAAGCGGAAUCUGCCUGCCGCGAAAAGUUGCUAGCAGAUCUGGGAGUCAGAGCGCUUCGCGACCGUAUUCAGAAUGUAGUGUCUGAUCAUCAGAAGCGCACGCAGAGGGCAACUGGGGAUGGCGGUAGUGGAGGAGAUUUUGCAUCCGCAUAUGGGAAGUUGAUGCAGCAGCAGAUGCAGACACAAAUGAUUUCCAAUAUGCUGCAUACAAUGCAUGUAUCAAAUAUGUCGGUCAUCAACAAUAUUGGAAGUUCAAACACGAGAUGGGAAUACAGACGCAAAUGGUGAUGAUGUGCACCAUGGUUGCCUACUUUGUUAAAAAUAAAUGAUUUGUGUAGAGGUAGUCGUCUUGAAUGAUACUUAUGUAGAUAUUGGAAGGAUUUUUCACCCGAUUCGAAUAUUAAGCUUCAUAUCGUUAGACACAUUGAUCACAUUGGUUGUACAAUAAAAAAAAUCUAAACACAACACAGCCCGGCCGGCCGG